AAUACGUUUCUUGUAACAUGUUUUAAGAUUAAUUCUUCAUUAGUAUAUGGCAACAGACCCUUUAGUUAACGAUUAACAGUCACACUACACAUUCUUGUAAAACGUUUGGUGAGGAGCUUUGAAAUUUAAUCAAACGAUUUUAAGUGUUUAGGAAGACAGUUUUUUUUGGGUCAAAGAGAGUUGUGAUAAAAUUAAGCAUUUAAAACAUUUAUUAAGCAACUCAUGAAAAACUUGAAAAUAAAUAAAUAAAACGAUUUCAUUUCCUAUGUAACGUAGUCAAUACGUAUAAAGUUUAUUAAUUAUCACAUUUAUAUGAGUAUAUAGAUAUAAAACUUAAGAAAUAAAUAAAUAAAUAAAGAAGUAAGCAAAACCAAACCCACGCUGAAAGUUGAUUUCACCUUCCACUCCAACGAACCAACGCCUCUCAGAAUCAGUUCCAAGUUUAUCUUCAAAAAUAUAAAUCUCUCUCCGCGAACGUUACGUGUGUUUAAAGAACCGACGGUAUUUUACGGCGAAGAUCCGUCGUCAUGUACGUCGCCAGGAGAAUCUCCGACGUUGAUCGCCGUCUUCUCCUCGUCCUCGCAAUCCCGUUUCUCUCCCUCCUCCUCUUGCUCUCUCUAUCUACACUCAAUCUUGAUCCUCCUCCCACUCUCGCACCUCUCCGUAACCUAAUCUACACUCAUACCCUAACCGCCACCACCGAGAACACCGGUUCCGACCCUCGCGACGUUAAUCCAACGGAGGAGGAUGAAAACUCACGGCGGGGGAAGAAGGAGGAGUUGAUGAAGUCGAAGAUUGCGGUGUGUUUAGUUGGUGGAGCAAGGCGGUUCGAGUUAACCGGACCGUCGAUUAUUGAGAGGAUCCUAAAAGUUUAUCCUAAUGCUGAUUUGUUUCUCAAUAGUCCUCUCGAUCACAACUCUUUCAAGCUACGGUUGCUCAAAGACUCGCCAAGGCUCGCAUGGGUUCGUAUCUUUGAGCCUACGCCGAUCAACGAGACUGAACCGAUGGUUCGAGUCCUCACACCCAUGAAUUCGCCUAAUGGCAUUAAGGGCUUAUUACAAUACUUCAAUCUCGUAGAAGGUUGCAUCACGAUGAUAAAGGCGUACCAAAACGAGAAUAACUUCACAUACGACUGGAUAGUCCGGACCCGUGUCGACGGCUACUGGUCUGACACACUCGACCCUGACUACUUCAAACCGGGCCAGUACCUAGUCCCACCAGGUUCCUCCUACGGUGGCCUCAACGACCGCUUUGGCGUCGGCGAUCUCAACACCUCAACGGUGGCUCUCUCUCGCCUCUCACUCAUCCCCGACCUCGACUCGGCCGGUUUAACUAGCCUCAACUCCGAGUCCGCCUUCAAGGCCCAGCUCUCAACUCACCGUGUUCCUUACGUAACCAAACCUCUCCCUUUCUGCAUCAUGACAGACCGAACCUACGAGUUCCCUCCGUCUAGCUACGGAGUUCCCGUGGCUGCGCUAUCUAGCCGCGGACCAUUGAACGGUGCCAAGUGCCGUCCGUGCACGGUCGCGUGCAGUGGCUCUUGCGUGGGGGAAGUAAUGGGAAAGCUUAACAAAGAGUGGAGCUGGACGGAGUGGGAGAACGGGACGUUGAAGCUGUGCGACGCACAUGGAGAGUGGGAGGAAGGUUGGGAGAAGAUAUUUGAUGGAGUCGCCGGCGAAGAACUCGCACGUGCGAGGAAAAGAGGCGGAGGUUUGGAGUCGAGGAGAUGUGUGGAAGAGUUUGAAGAGAUGAGAGGAGUGACCGUUAAAUGGGAAGCUCCCGCCUCCGAACAGAUCUGCAUGUUGGGCCUGAAGCCCAAAUAGAACAUAUCAUUUUUGGGUCCACCUUAAUUCGCUAACACAUUUCCCAAAUUUUUAGUUGUUUUCACGGAUUAAAUUGUUGGAAACUAUGUUCAGAUUAAUUUUGAUGUUUGAAAAUAUAAAAUCAAAUGUUUUGCCCAAACAAAAUAUAUAAAAUCAUGUGUUGAAAUA